AUGAGUCAGACUACUACACAAGGCUCUCAACGCGAUACCUGGGGUCACGUCAAGGUACCUCGGAUCGAGCAUUACGAAAGCACAUCCCCUCUCGGGGAUGGAGGCUGGUACAGUACAGAAAACAGCACUCUGGAAUCUUACUCUUCGUUCAUUGGUGUUCCCAUAAGUGGAAUGAAUUCACCGGAGUUCAUCGACUACUCCACCACGAUCCAGGCGAAGUACUUUCAUCUGGAAUGUGAUCGAUUCCUCGAUGAUUCCGACGAUUGGGACGCCCAGUUCACAUUCAACACCACAAGGUGGCUGGGGUACGUGUAUUGGAACGAAAAUGUCACGAGCCGUGCCGAGAUCCCUCCCGAUGAAGUUGAGCCUUUCGCGUUCGUCAUUGUCAGCAACUCAUUACUGGGACUCAUCUGGGAUUGUACGAUUCAGACAACGUACGUGGAAGCUGAAAUCGCAUGCUCUACGUAUGAUGCCUGUGCUGUCGUUCGUAUUCGACGCUCUCGCCUCGCACACCCACCGCCAGCAUAUACCCAACUGGGUCCGCUGGUAGGAUUCCAGAACACACCUUGGGAAUCUGCGCUUGUGAAUAUGGCUAUUGAAGAUGGCUCAACUGACGCGUUCUACGGGUAUGACGACGACGCCGGUUCUAGCUUCCUUAGCAUGUAUCACAUGUCACAGGAUUAUUACGUAAACCCCACAAACAUUGUAAAUCUGCAGGACGUUGUGGUGGAUUAUAAGACUAUUGUCCCACGUCUCGGUCAGGUAGUCAAUGCAUAUUGGGCGACAAUGAACGGCAAAGCCUCGCUCAGGGGUAAUUUUGACGCAUCCACCCGUCGAUCAAAUGCAAAUGUCUCUUGGUACGAUCAAGAUCAAGAUGAUUUCCAUAGCAUGGAUUCAUUUGAUCAAGGCAACGCGGAAACUCUAGCAAAAGCAUGGCCGAGUACAGGAACAAGACGCAGUAACGUCGAGGUCUUCAAAGCGCACUUCGGCUGGGUUAUCGCGCUUAUCGUCUCGUCGACAGUGCUCAUCGUAGCGAGUCUGGUGCCGUUCUACCUCCGCACCUUUCUCCCGCACGGCCCAGACGUGCUCAUGAACUUCUCUAGUCUGGCGACAAGAGAUAAUCCUUAUGUAGCUUUACCGGUGACGGGGACAUAUCUUGACGCAGCUGAUCGAUCGCGGUUGCUGAAGGACGUGCGAAUACGUUUUGGAGAUGUCGAAGAGGGCGGUGAGAUCGGGAGGUUGGCGAUUGGACGGGCGGACGGGGAUGUUGCGCCGCUGAGGAAGGAGAGGAAGUAUGCGUAA